AUGGUUGAGAAUAGAAUGAAGGUGGAUAAAUUGGCAAACCCUGUGCAGACUGGAUACUUGGCGAUUAUUGUGGCGAAAGAUAGGGGCUCAAGGGUCGCAGAGCUGCCACGGUCAUCACAUGAAUGGUUGGAGAUUGCAGAAGAAUUUAACGGCAAGUGGAACUUCCCUGAUUGUCUAGGGGUACUAGAUGGAAAGCAUUGCGUGAUGCAAAGUCCUAUUCACAGUGGAUCAGAAUAUAUCAACUAUAAAGGAACAUUCAGCAUAGUACUUUUAGCUUUGGUUGACGCUGGCUACAAGUUUAUUUUUGUGGAUUGUAGUUGCGGAAAUGAUGAUAUGAAUUUAAACACGGAGUUCUACAAAAAACUAAGUCGUUCUGAAUUGGAUUUACCACAAUCAGAUUUUUUACCAUCACAAGAAGAAAAGAUGCCCUACUUUUUCGUAGCUGGUAGUGCAUUUGCCCUAACUGUUAACAUGAUGAAGCCAUGUGCUGGGAAUCAUAACAAAGGAACAAAAGAAAGAGUCUUCAACUACCGUCUGUCAAGAGCUCGACGAAUAGUCGAAAACGCUUUCGGAAUCAUGUCUUCUGUUUUCAGAGUACUAAGGAAACCUAUUCUGUUACAACCCGACAAAGUAACGGACAUAGUUAUGACUUGUGUCUUAUUACACAACUUUCUAAGGAGAUCUAAAAAAUCAAGGCAAAUAUACACACCAAUGGGAAUUUUUGACACUGAUCAUGAAGGGGUUAUUCAACCUGGCUCUUGGCGAAAUGACCAAGAAGGAAUGAGUUCCCUACUACCAAUGAGAUCUUUACUAAGAAGAGCUGCCGUUACUGCCAAGAGCGUCAGAGAUAAAUUUGCUGAACACUUUGUAACUAAUGGCGCAGUUUCGUGGCAGAAUAACUAUUCAUAGGUUAACCAAGGCAUACGCAAUUCGUCCUUUGUACAGUCAGCCAAAGGUC